AUGUCGGACGUACCUCUUUUCGAUUUUAUAGACUACAUACAAAGCUAUACCGGACGUGAGAAACUCUUGCGGAUACAUCAUAUGGUGACAAAGGGACUCUUGGAGGAAGAAGAUGAACUUGUGGCUUUGCAAAUGGCAUUUGAAGAACUCACGAAUGGGACACCCAAAUGGAGACUUCAGACUGAUUACAAGUUUCUAGAGAUCAUAUCAAAUCUAAUCAAUGGAAGAUUAGGCCAGCAGUACAUAGCAACUCCGGAGAUCCUCAAGCGAAUGGAGUCACUCUACAUUGAGGAACUAGACAAGCGAAACUAUCGCUUGAGAUAUGCAAUGAAGUGGGCUCGUGAUGAAGAGGAAGAGGCUAAGAACCAAUGCCGCAUGGAAAAUCCAGAGAAGCGAAAGGUUAUGGAAAGUCUUAGACACCAACUUGGUCGAUAUCAAUACCAUAGUGGACAUCUAGAGGAAGCUUUUGAUACGUUGAGUAAGCUUCCCGUGUGUAUUUUGCUUGUGAUCUCGGCAUUGCAUUGCCGGAAGUUCGAGGAAGUGUGCAUUCUUUCGAUAAAACUAGAUACAUACGCACCCAAGCUUGAUGACGGUGAUGAUAGGAAAGCUAUACAUUUCAAAUCGUUAUGUGCAAGAGGCUUAGCCAACAUGGCUAGAGGCCACUAUUAUGCAGCCGCCGUUUUGUUUGCCCAUAUGAUAAAAUUCUAUGUGAAGUGGUCAACAUAUACGUUCGAGUUGUUUGCAUGGGAGGACAUAAUCUUGUAUUGCACAUGGUGUGGACUUGCCACUAUGCCCAGAGAAGAACUAGAGGAUAUUGCAAAGCACAUGGGAAGUCAACUAGUUGGCGACCAAUUCCAACACUUGAUUAGAGAAUAUCUUGGAGGGAGAUUUGAUCGGUGCUUAGAAUUUAUGGUAACUCAUUCAAAACCAAAAGCUCUCCUAGACAUAUAUCUUCAUGAGCAUGUGAAUGCACUAGGGAAACUCAUCGAGGACAAGUUAAUUGUUGAGCCGGAAGCUGCUCCCACGGAUGAUUAG